AUGGAGACCAAUCUGACAAACAUGAGAGGUACUCUGACGGACCUCGUGCUCGAGUUCCUUGAGGCUGCCGUGCAUGAAUUUCUGUUCGCAUGGCAUGUUUAUCCGAAAGAAGCUUUUGAGCAGCGUGUAAUGUAUGGUGUGCCAAUCCAUAUGAUUCGGCAUCCUCUACUGUGUCAUUACAUUCACUCCAUGUUGAGUGGAUGCCGCACGUGGCUGAGUAAAGGAGAAUUGGAGAAGUUUUGUGUCGUCCUUGUCUCCGAGCGAGGCCUGCCACUGGAGACGUUAGCACUUGAGCCAGGAUGGACGACAUCGUUCUCUGAGGUGGAAGACUUGGACAAAGAUCGGCCGCUACCAUUGCUUCAGCUCGAAGAGUCGUUUCGUGCGGGGAUGGUGGCGCUGGUGGCGACUUCAGUAUCUAAAAUAGCUGACCAGACGGAUCGCCUUAAGCCACACACGUUCCGGAUCUUGGUGCAGACAGUUGAAGACGCGGGCAAUCGAGAAACUGUCAUCAAUGAUGACAACGUCAGUCGCUCGUGGUUGCCCGCGGAUUCAUUUUGGUACAACAAUCAGAUGAAGGAAAAGGAGAUUCUUCCAGUUCGAGCGAUACAGUCGGCAGCUACACCUGUUCGCCUCCUUGUUUAUAUCGAAAAGCAUCUGCCAGCUUCACGAACUAAAGCUAGCGAGUAA